CGGUACUUGGUAUCGAAUAUUGAAUGCACCCGUCAAUGAUGCUGGAGCAGGCAAAGGAUCAAUGUUCCAAAUUUAUGCACAGCACAUACUGUGAGCUGGCAAACGUCGCUUUUAGGCCAGGGACCUUGAUGACAACAUUGAAAUCACUAUUGAUGCCGAAACUAGCUCAAAGAUUAAAUUCUUCUAUACCUUGGAGCGUUAUGUGGAGGACGAUAUGCAAGGAUCGUUGUGGUUGCUAAAAAGCAAAACCUUUGCUUAUGUGGAUAUGUUAUUAGCUCCGAAAUAUUUAUUCCAGGUUACGACAGACAAAGAUCAUGACAUCGAAAGCAAGCCCUUUAAGGCACUUCUGAAAACUCCACAGGAAAGAAGUGGAAUAGCUCUUCUAACGAGGUCGCACUUAUUUUGUUGUUCCGCAAGACGACGUCGAGGAGUUCAAGAAACAAAUUUUCAGGGUUGAGCAGAUCAUAUGGGUCUUAAACCUACAAAGGAACUUAAAAGUGUCUAGCAAUACGUUUGGGGAUUUAUCUGCGAGCAGAACUCAGGAAGAGACGCACAGCAGUUCUGUCAAGGUGAUGGGUUAAUGCGAAUUG